AUGUCGCGCUCCUUCUAUGUCGACUCGCUCAUCAUCAAGGACUCCUCACGGCCCGCGCCCUCGCUUCCCGAGCCGCACCCCGGGCCAGAUUUUUUCAUCCCGCUGGGCAUGCCGUCCCCGUUGGUGAUGUCCAUGUCCGGGCCGGGCUGCGCGUCCCGCAAGAGCGGCGCGUUCUGCGUUUGCCCGCUCUGCGUCACUUCGCACCUGCACUCCUCUCGUGGGCCCGCGAGCUCCGGCGGCGGGAACGCAGGGGCCGGGAGUGCAGGGGCCGCGGGUGGCGGAGCGGCAGGAGCCGCCGGGGCCCUGCCCCUGCUCAAGAGUCAGUUUUCUUCGGGUCCUGGGGACGCCCAGUUUUGCCCGCGCGUGACCCACGCGCACCAUCACCACCACCCGCCGCAGCAUCACCAUCACCACCACCAGCCCCAGCAGCCCGGCUCGGCUGCAGCAGCGGCGGCCGCGGCGGCAGCGGCGGCGGCCGCGGCGGCCUUGGGGCACCCGCAGCACCACGCACCUGUCUGCACCGCCACCACCUACAACGUGGCGGACCCGCGGAGAUUUCACUGCCUCACCAUGGGGGGCUCGGACGCCAGCCAGGUACCCAAUGGCAAGAGGAUGAGGACGGCGUUCACCAGCACGCAGCUCCUGGAGCUGGAGCGGGAAUUCUCUUCCAACAUGUACCUGUCUCGACUCCGGAGGAUCGAAAUCGCCACGUACCUGAAUCUGUCAGAGAAGCAGGUGAAAAUCUGGUUUCAGAACCGCAGGGUGAAGCAUAAGAAGGAAGGGAAGGGCACGCAAAGGAACAGUCACGCGGGCUGCAAGUGCGUUGGCAGCCAGGCGCACUUCGCGCGCUCCGAGGAUGAGGACUCCUUGUCGCCGGCCUCGGCCAACGAUGACAAGGAGAUUUCCCCCUUAUAA